AUGCAGGACUUCUAUGAAGUGGCCGAAUUCCCUGGCAUGACGGGAUGUAUAUACCACACGCACGUGCGGAUUAAAAGCCCCGGUGGUGAACGUACCGAAGUGUUCCGCAACCGCAAAGGCUAUUUCUCCUUCAGUGUGCAGGUGGUGGCUGGACCACAACUCCAGUUCUUCGACAUUGUUGCAGGCUGGCCCGGCUCUGUUCAGGACAGCAGGAUUUUUGACAACUCUCGCUUGCGGGUGCUGUACGAAGAAAACCGGGUGCCCGGAGUGCUGUUGGGCGAUGCUGGAUACGCAUGCCAGCCAUAUUUAUUCUCAUCGUUUUCAGAACCAGGCCUUACUGACACACCCAAAGGAAG